UGGUUUAUUUAGUCUUUGAUUUUCCUUCAACCCCCCCAGCAAUAGGUAGUAGUAAGCGUUGCGCGAUUCCUCGUCGUCGUCUUAGUCCUCUGUGUGCACAAAAUUUAAGUUAGAUUUGCUCAGCCGAAGCUAUCUCCGGUUCUAUCUCUUUAUCUCCUCUCCCUGCUAAUGAAUUUUCGAUUGCAGGAUAAAAUUCACUUUGAACGCGCGUUUAUACGCACGAUUCGUGUCGUGCGUUUUUAUUCGAUUUGACGAGUCUUGCACGUAACUCAUCGUUUUUUUCAAUGAGUUUAUCAUAUUGUCUGCACCUUUUUUUUAUAUAACUGUCUGUAUCGCGACUCUAAAUUUUUUGAAUCGUAUUCUUUUUCAAUGUGAUACAUUCAUAUCUUCUUAAUUACUGUGCACAUCAAGACAUGUAGCGAUAACAAACUUUUUUAAAAGACCGGUAAGUUUAGGUGUUUCAUUGAUCUCGCAACGCAGAUAUUACUAGUAAAUUAUAUCCAUACUAGUAGUUAUAGACAUUAUUAGUAAUUUUAAGCAAGAAAGUAUCGGAAGUGAAAUAUCUUAUCCGACGGAAAGGCCCUAUAACUAGAUUCAUGGUCAAUAUUGACAACGGAUGUUGGGUACUGUUGUACUUACGGGAGUGUGACUAAUGAGAUUUUUGAUUUCGAUUUGUCUAUAUAAACCUCUUUCCUGAAUCAUCUAUCGGUCAUUCUUUUUCGAGACACAGAACUAAUAGGACUAUGAAGAGUUUCGCCGUUUUUCUCUUGCUUGCCACCUGCGUACUAGUCGCCUCAGACUCCAACUUCUAUUUUCCUGUUUGGGACAGGAUGGUUGAUUGGAGAAAUAAGGCGCUCUCUGAUAAAAACAGUGAGGAUUACCCGAUUGUACAGGGGAUAGAUUCGAUAUCAGAUUUGUAUAAAGAAUUGAUUGAUAAGUACGAGGACCAACCGGAAAAGCAGCCUAUUCUCUACUACAAGCUCUCAAAAGAUGUCGUUGAACCAAAAGAUAUGUUCGAAUACAUACCACGAGAAAAUUUGAGUGAAGAAGAAAUAAUAAAUAACGAGAUUCGCUUGAAACUUCUUUUUUUUGAGUACACCGAUGAUAUUUUGACUAAAUUACGUCAACAUUCCGUGGGGGGUCAUGAUUAUGCCUAUAUGAUAUUUCGUCUCGCAAAGAAUAUAAAGUGGCCAAUAGCGUGGAAUAACGCGAAAUUCUGGGACAUAUUGUCUCAUUUACAUGCUUAUAUUGGUUCGUUGCAUCCACAAGACUUUAUAAGCGCAUUUGAUAAGCUUCCAAUUAUUAUAAACGUAUAA